AAGUACCGGCGGGGGCGGGGCUGGGUGUGGCGGGGCGGGCCCGGCGCGGGGCGGGCCGGGAUCGCGCUGCCAUGGCGCUGAACCUCAGCAAGAACGGGCGGGCGCUGCAGGAGGCCUAUGGGCGGGUGGUGGCGGCGGGGAGCCCCACCGACUGGGCCCUGUUCACCUACGAAGGCAACAGCAACGACCUGCGUGUGGCUGGUUCCGGAGAUGGCGGCCUGGAGGAGAUGGUGGAGGAGCUCAACAGCGGGAAGGUGAUGUACGCCUUCUGCCGCGUGAAGGACCCCAACUCCGGCCUCCCCAAAUACGUCCUCGUCAACUGGACGGGCGAAGGUGUGAACGACGUGAGGAAAGGGGCCUGUGCGAACCACGUCAGCACCGUAGCAAACUUCCUCAAGGGCGCCCACGUCACCAUCAACGCUCGCGCCGAGGAGGACGUGGAGCCAGAACUCAUCAUGGAGAAGGUGGCCAAAGCCUCCGGGGCCAACUACAACUUCCACAAGGAGAGCAGCAAGUUCCAGGACUCGGGGCCUCAAGCCCCCGUGGGCUCUGUCUACCAGAAGACAAACGCGAUGUCGGAAAUCAAGAGGGUCAACAAAGAUAAUUUCUGGGCCAAAGCCGAGAAAGAUGAAGAAAACCGGCGGCUGGAGGAGAAGAGGCGGGCGGAGGAGGAGCGGCAGCGGCUGGAGCGGGAGCGGCGGGAGCGGGAGCUGCAGGAGGCCGCGGGGCGAGAGCAGCGCUACAAAGCGAGAUCCAACGAGAUCGAAGCCCAGAAGAGACUCCAGCAGCAGCAAGAGGCUGAGAACAGGGACAAGGAGCAGCAGCAAUGGCCCCCCGGAGCCGCAGCUGCCCCCCCUGUGCCGCAGAAGGAGCAGGCGGAGCCCCGGCAGCCCAAAGGCUUCAAGCGCAGCGAGUCGGUGGAGAAAGCCCAGGAGGCCGCCUCGCUCGUCGCCCAGAGGCCCGUGAACCCCCGCGACAUCUUCAAGCAGAGGGAGAAGUCAGCGCCGGCGGACGCAGUGACGCCUUCGCAACCAGGCAAACUCCGCAGCCCUUUCCUGCAGAAGGAGCUGAACGCCGCGCCGGGUCCUGCCGCUCCCGUCUCUCCCACCCGGGACGUCCCCCCCGCGUCCUUCGCCCCGUCCUCGGCCUGGGGGACACCCGCACCCUCCGGGGCACCCGCGGCAGGACAAGACUCGGGGUACAAUUCCAGCGUCCCCACGUCCCACGCGGAGGAGGCGAAUCUGUACGAGGAGCCGCCGGACGCCUCGGCCAUCUAUGAAGAGCCACCUCAGGAACAAGUCGGCGAUGCCAAGUACGACUAUUCGGGGGGGUACCAGGCGGAGCUGGCGGGGAAGGGGCUGUGUGCCCGGGCGCUCUACGACUACCAGGCUGCCGACGACACCGAGAUCUCGUUCGACCCGGAGAACAUCAUCACCAACAUCGAGAUGAUCGACGAGGGCUGGUGGCGCGGCUACGGGCCCGACGGCCACUUCGGCAUGUUCCCCGCUAAUUAUGUGGAACUGAUUGAGUAAUUAGGGGGCCACGGCCACUCUGUCCCCACCCCGGGUAGCACUUGGCUCCAGCCUGAUGCUUCCGAACGAUCUGUGGCUUGGAUUUGAGCUUUUCUUUAUCUUUUUUGUGUUCUCUCCAAGUGAAGUGCCAUUGCCUGCCCCCCCCAGCACCCCCCCUGGUGCUGCCCCCCAACUCCCUCCCACCCUCCUGGGGGGGACGAAGGCUCCAUCUCCUCCCUCCAAUGCUCUCGCAGGGCUGAAGGAGGGGGUGACAGAUCCCUUAUGGGGGGGACAUUUUCAGGGAACAAGUUGCCUCUUCCCCUCCCACCCCGCGGCUUCAGAAUUGGGGCGGUUUUCCCCAUUUUGGUUCACUCACCCCAUUAAUCUGGACUUGGAGAGCCCAAACAUGGCUCCGCAGCGUUGUCACCACCGAGCUGCCACCGGUGUCCCCUCCAAGGGGUUUUUCUGCCUUUCCCGCCCCCCCCAGCCCCUGUUUGGGGGGAUUUAAAUGAUGCGACUGAGCUCCCCGGCGGGGGAGCCCCAUCCAGGCCAAAGCGGGGGGGUUUGGGGUUAGUUUUUUAGCAAAAACCUGUGAGUGUGGGAUCUGCCCCCCCUGCCCCUCACCCCAAAUUCACUGUGAACAAGGAAGAGCCCAACCCGCCCCCCUUGUGUCCCCCCUGUUGAUUUUUCCCCUGGUGUUGCUGUAGAAUUAGCUGGAGGGGUUGGGUUUUGGGGGUCCCACCCCUCAUGUGGGCGCUGGGGGAUGCAGCAGCUCCUCCAAGCCCCUUCCCUGGGGUCCCCUGAGCCCCGUCCCCCCCCCAAUGACAAUAAAAGGGCUUUUCUUUGGUGA